AUGGCGGGACAGGUUGGACUGAGCUAUAAGGAGACCGUCGAGGCAUUAGCUUCGUUUCUCGAAAUCACGCUUCAUACAAUCCUCUACCUCCGCGCCAUCUAUCCACCAUCCACCUUCGCCCGUCGCCGCGCACACGGCGUGCCGGUCUAUCAGUCCCGGCACCCACAGGUCCGAGAGUAUAUCGCUGAGGUGGUCGGUCUGCUCCGGCGCGAGCUGGACCAGGGGAACUUACGGCGAGUGAGCGUGGUGGUGAAGAGUGCGGAGACCGGGGUUGCGCUGGAGCGGUUCUUGAUUGAUGUGGGGUACGGGGAGGUCGGGGUUGGAGCGGGAGGCUCAAAGGAUGUAGGGAUGUUGAAUAGUCCCACGGCGGAUGAGCUCAGCUUGAUGCUGCGCGGCUUCCUUAUCCGGCUCACGGCGCUAGAUGGAGAAACAACAUUCGCAGUGAUCGUCGAGACCAAAGAUGGGCUAGAACCAGCCUCCAACUCAUCUACAGAUGGUAACCCCAUACCCUGGAUCCCGGCGCUCAACUCGGACACCCUUCAUCCCGCCUCACAAGGUCUCGGAGCAGGUCAGGCAGGCGGAGAAGAGGGCUGCGUGGCGAAGCACGAGCCCCUACUCCACGUCAAGGCUGUCGAGACAGGGGUGAUCGAUCUUCGCUUGAUGGUACAGGAGUGCUUGGCCAAAACUGGAGUCCGAAACCUGCAGGCCUUCAAGCAGACAUAG